UUAAAAAUGAAUAAUAUUAAUAAAUUUAAGCAAAAGAAUACAAAUAAAAAAUUUAAUACUUCAUAAAAUAAAGAAUAAAUUUUUUAAUUAAAUUAUGUCAACCAAUUAUCCAUAUCGAUAUCAAAUAUGUUUGGAUAUGGAGCAAAUUGGAGAGAGAUCAUGUGAAAAUCUUGAGGGAUUUAAACCAUUAACUAUUUUAAUGCAAAUCAUUGGAGUAACAUUAAUAAUUCUAGUUAUAAUUUGGUGUGGCAAUUAUAGAGGUGGUUUCGCUUGGAAUUCUAAUCCAGAAUUAGAAUUUAAUUGGCAUCCUCUUUUAAUGGUUAUAGGAUUUGUUUUUCUAUAUGCUAAUGGAAUGUUAAUAUAUAGAACACAAAGAAAUAUACGAAAACAAAAACUGAAAUUAAUUCAUGCAAGUCUAAUGUUAUUAACUAUUGCAUUAGUUGUAAUUUCACUUGUAGCAGUGUUUGAUAGCCACAAUUUAAAUGUAAAACCUAUUCCAAAUAUGUAUAGUCUUCAUAGUUGGAUUGGACUUACUAGUAUAAUUUUAUUUUGCUGCCAGUGGCUUGCUGGAUUUCUUUCUUUUUUAUAUCCAAAAUUACAAAUUUCAUUACGAACUGCUUACAUGCCUAUUCAUGUAUACUUUGGAAUCGCAGGAUUUAUUGGUGUAAUUACUUCUUGUCUUUUAGGACUUAAUGAAAAAGCAAUUUUUGCUUUAAAAGAAAACUAUUCCAAGCUUGUAGAUGAAGCAAUAUUAAUUAAUGUAAUUGGAUUUUUAUUAAUUCUUUUUGGUGGAUUAUCAGUUUAUUUGGUAACACAAGAACGUUAUAAACGUUUUCCAAAAUUAGAAGAUGAGGCAUUAGUUAAUAGAACUCAAUAAGUGAUUAUAUUAUAUAAUAAAUUUUUUUUCUAUUAAAUAUAAGCAAAAUUUUAGUUCUAUUUUUAUAUAAGUUAUAUCAAACAUACAAUUUUAUUAAUAUCAAAAUUUCGAUUCAUUUGUUUAUGUAAUUUUAAUUAGAAACUUUUAUAUUUUUUAAUUAAAAUAAUAAUAUUACUUGUUUACUUUUGAAUUAAGAAAUUAGUACGAGAAAAUGUAUUCGUUCUUAUGUUGAAUUAUUUAUUAUAUAUUUUUAUUUUUAUUUCUUAUGUUGAAUCAUAUUUAACUAUUAUAUUAAAUAGUUAAAUUAUUUAAGUACUUAAAUAAUAAAAAAAUUAUUUUUAAAUUUUUUAUACAAUUUUGAUCUGAUUAAUAUUGUGAUGAUCUAUAUUUAAUUUUUAUUUGCAAAUAUACUUAUACACAAUUAACAAAGUUUAAAUUUGAUACUAUAUGAAUUUUAAAUUUAUGUCCUUACAUCUAUAUGAUUUCAUUAAUUGUAAUUUUAUUUAUAUUAAAUUUUAUUUCAAAAAAUAAAAUUUAAAUAAAAAUAAAGAAACAUUAA